UCACGUUUUCUUCCCACGCUGCCGCUUUCUGCGACUCGUCCAGGGCUGCCACUUCCUUUUCCAACUUGGCGACGCACACCUUGAGUCAAGUCCGAUGCACAGAUGGUCGUGACGUUUCCAAUGAUGCAUCUCCCUCCAUUUGUGGCGGACUUUCUCCGAGUCGGCGGGAGAGCUCAUGGGCACACUCACGUGCAGCCCACUUCGAAAACGACCUUGAUGUUCACGACUUGAUGAUGGUUGGUUGGGCGGUUAGAGAUGCCGCGCGUGUCUUCACGACGUAACGUGGAACGGCACGAUGAAGUAGAUGCUCUCUCGCACUCCCAUAGUAUCUCUAUUUCACAAACCAGUGUUCCUUUGUAGCCUGUAGGUGCACUCUACAGCCAUGGCUGACCCUCCAUCCUACCGCAAGCACAGUACGCUGGAAGAAAUGACCCCAGAGGAGCGCCUUCGCUCUUUGCAGGAGUAUGCCGAGGGGAAGAAAUAUGUCACUCCAGGUGAAGACGGAACGAUGAAUGUGGGCAUGAAUGGGAUGCGAGCGCUCGCGUUCGGAGGGGCCAUGUAUCAAUCAAAUACUUACGAUACGCCGCUUCCGCCACCUUCGUAUGGUGAGCCGUCUCAAGUUUCGAGCUCUAAGAAGCCUGGACCUGUUAAGAAGUGGCUCAACAAGCAGCGUGAAAAGAAGCAAGCGAAGGCCGCAGAUAAGGAAGCCAAGGCUGGGCGCUCACGCGACACUGCCGAGCCUGCCGAUGGCUAAGCUUUUCUGCAUGCUUCUGUCCUUGCUGUGAACCAACAACAU